GCUGGGAUUUGAACUGAGGACCUUCCAGAGAGCAGUCAGAGCUCUUAACCGCUGAGCCAUGUCUUCAGCCUAUUUGCUUCCCUUUCAACUGAACCUCUUUACUUGUAGUUGCACUAUACCCUGUUGAUUCUUUGCUCAGAAGUGGUCUGCUCAUGUGCCACUCCCCCCCUGCCUUAAAUAAGGAUAACAAAGCAAGGAAAUUGUGAUCUGGUCUGAGAUGGUUGGAAUCAUUGCUGUAUAGAAGGUCACACCUGCUAAAUUCCCUACUGCCAUGCUAACUAUCAUGAAGAGGCUUGUUUAAACACACUUGUUUGAAAGACACUUUCAGUCUGCAAUUUUUUUUUCUUCAGCACUAUGCGUUGAGCCCCUAAGCUUGCUGUACACUGAUACCCUGUCCUGCUGCACUAACACGUCAUUAAACACAACCUGUGUACAAUUUGAUAUUAAGAAACUCAAAGCACCAGCACCCUACGUAUAUUUCAAAUGUGAAGUUACUUCUCAUACUAGAGUGUAGCGCUUCAUCUUUGAGUAAAAUGAGUGCUCUUCCUAUCUAGCUUGUUUAAGAGAGAGAAAGAAAGGCAGAGGCCAAUGAAAACGUCAUCAAGUGCUAUAAAAUCUCCAGAUUUCAUUCAGACUUUGUAAAAUUUUGUAAGUGAUGUAGUUUGCUGGUAUUUUUAGUGUUAUGAGUAAUGUUGCUUAAAAUUAAAAACCUAGUACUUUCAGAAUUUAUAAUAGCUUUUAUUUAACCCAUCUAUGUCUAAUGUACAAUUCAUGUAAUAAGCAUGCUAAAUAUAUAGCUAGUAUUGUAGCAUUUCAGUAGAAAAGCAAAAGACAGCCUCUCUGUUUGGGGGCUACUCCUGAGUGAUGUCAACCACUUGAUUGAGAAGAUCUUCCUUGUGCUAGCCAACUCUACAGGGGUUUCCAGGAAUGAGAGGGACUCUAAUCAUGGAUGUGAGUUUUGAUUUAAGACUUCCCUUAUGUUAAAAGAUUAAUAUAUGAUAACUACAGGUGGGAUCAAUGUAACUGAACAAGUAUUCUUGCUCCUACAGAAAGCAAUGGCCUUUGUUUUUGAUUGAAGUUUGCCUGUUGUAAGCACUUGGUAGAAGUGCUGUUGUUAAGUACCGCAGUGCUUUUGGAUGACUGUUCUGUAUAUUUUACAUUACUUGGUUGCCAAACUACAUUUGUUGUUCAUAAUUUAAGCUUUGAACUCAUUUGGAUUUUGGCUGCUGCUUCUUCCACUAAGCCCCUGAGUUGUAUUAUUAAGUUAUUCAUUUAAGAUCUUUGUGGUUUUUUAAUUGAAAAUAGAUAUUUUUUUCCUCUCAUAAUAUCUCCUGGUAUCCCCUUCUUCUACUCUUCCAUCCAGAUUCAUAAUAAGGUAAAACAAAACUGACACAUUGGAAUUGGACAAAAGAGAAGAACCAAGAGAUGAUGUAACUUAGCUCACCACACACUCAGGACUCCCAUAAAACACUAAACUGGAAGCAAUAAUAUAUAUGAAAAGGACCUGGUGCAAGCCCUGUGUUGUUGCUUUUUCAGUUUAAAUUCUCAACUGGCAAUUGGCCAAAAUUCGCAUCUGAAGCCAUGAGCACCCAAAUGCCAUUUUGUGAUUUGGCUGCUGACACCCGACGUAGGAAGGAGCCACCGAGAUGAAUGGAGUAACUAGCUCUCCAAAGGAAGUCAAGGUUACAAAUUAUAAUACUGUGGUAGAAGCAAAUUCAGAUUCCGAUGAUGAAGACAAACUCCAUAUUGUGGAAGAAGAAAGUAUUACAGAUGCAGCUGACUGUGAAGGUGGCAUGCCAGAUGAUGAAUUGCCAGCAGACCAGACAGUGUUACCAGGAGGCAGUGACAGGGGGGGCGGUGCCAAGAACUGCUGGCAAGACAACGUAAAAGACAAUGAGUGUGACUCAGAUGCAGAAAAUGAGCAAAACCAUGAUCCGAAUGUGGAAGAGUUUCUGCAGCAACAAGACACCGCCGUCAUUUAUCCAGAGGCACCUGAGGAAGACCAGCGGCAGGGCACACCAGAAGCCAGCAGUCAUGACGAAAACGGAACACCAGACGCAUUUUCCCAGUUGCUCACCUGCCCGUAUUGUGAUAGAGGCUACAAGCGCUUUACCUCUUUGAAAGAACACAUUAAGUACCGCCAUGAGAAGAACGAGGACAACUUCAGCUGCUCCCUGUGCAGUUACACCUUUGCAUACAGAACCCAGCUUGAACGUCAUAUGACAUCACAUAAGUCAGGAAGAGAGCAAAGACAUGUGACCCAGUCUGGGGGAAACCGUAAAUUCAAAUGCACUGAAUGUGGGAAAGCCUUCAAGUACAAACACCACCUGAAAGAGCACUUACGGAUUCACAGUGGAGAGAAGCCAUAUGAAUGCCCAAACUGCAAGAAACGUUUUUCUCAUUCUGGCUCCUAUAGCUCACAUAUAAGCAGUAAGAAGUGUAUUAGCUUGAUGCCUGUGAAUGGUAGGCCUAGAUCAGGACUCAAGACAUCUCAGUGUUCCUCGCCAUCUCUUUCGACAUCACCAGGCAGUCCCACACGCCCACAGAUACGACAGAAGAUAGAGAAUAAACCCCUUCAAGAACCGCUUUCUGUAAACCAAAUCAAAACUGAACCUGUGGAUUAUGAGUUCAAACCCAUAGUGGUUGCUUCAGGAAUCAACUGUUCAACCCCUUUACAAAAUGGGGUUUUUAGCAGUGGUGGCCAAUUGCAGGCAGCCAGUUCUCCUCAGGGUGUGGUGCAAGCCGUUGUUCUGCCGACAGUUGGUCUGGUAUCUCCCAUAAGUAUCAACUUGAGUGACAUUCAGAAUGUACUUAAAGUGGCUGUAGAUGGUAACGUAAUACGACAAGUCUUGGAGACUAAUCAAGCCAGUCUUGCAUCCAAAGAGCAAGAAGCAGUGAGUGCUUCAUCCAUCCAGCAGGGUGGCCAUUCUGUCAUUUCUGCCAUCAGUCUUCCUUUAGUUGAUCAGGAUGGAACAACCAAAAUCAUCAUCAACUACAGUCUUGAGCAGCCCAGUCAGCUUCAGGUUGUUCCCCAGAAUUUAAAGAAAGAAAACCCAGCCCCUACAAAUAGCUGCAAAAGUGAGAAGUUACCAGAAGACCUUACUGUCAAAUCAGAAAUGGACAAAAGCUUUGAAGGGGCCAGGGACGAUAGCACUUGCCUUCUGUGUGAGGACUGCCCAGGGGACCUCAAUGCACUUCCAGAACUAAAGCACUAUGAUCCAGAGUGCCCUGCUCAGCCUCCACCCCCUGCCCCAGCCACAGAGAAGCCAGAGUCCUCUGCUUCCUCAGCUGGAAAUGGAGAUUUGUCUCCCAGUCAGCCACCUUUAAAGAACCUUCUGUCACUCUUAAAAGCCUACUAUGCUCUGAACGCGCAGCCAAGCACAGAAGAGCUCUCAAAGAUUGCCGAUUCUGUGAACCUACCACUGGAUGUAGUUAAAAAGUGGUUUGAGAAAAUGCAAGCUGGACAGAUUCCAGGACAGUCUCCUGAACCACCUUCUCCUGGAACAGGGUCUGUAAACAUACCUACAAAAACCGAUGAGCAGCCUCAACCUGCAGAGGGAACUGAGACCCAGGCAGACAGCACACGUGCACAGAGUCCUCUCAAGAUCAGGAGCUCUCCGGUUUUACCGGAAGGAUCAGCCAUUAACGGUUCCAGAAGUUGCACAUCAUCCCCGUCCCCUCUAAACCUUUGCUCAGCCAGGAACCCGCAGGGUUACGCUUGUGUGGCAGAGGGUGCCCAGGAGGAGCCCCAAGUAGAACCUCUUGAUCUCUCACUACCAAAGCAACAGGGAGAGUUACUGGAAAGGUCGACAGUCAGUAGCGUUUACCAGAACAGUGUUUAUUCUAUCCAGGAAGAACCCUUGAACUUGUCUUGUGCAAAAAAGGAACCACAAAAGGACAGCUGUGUUACAGACUCAGAACCAGUUGUAAAUGUAGUCCCACCAAGUGCCAACCCCAUAAACAUUGCUAUUCCUACAGUCACUGCCCAGUUACCCACAAUCGUGGCCAUUGCUGACCAGAACAGUGUUCCAUGUUUAAGGGCACUGGCCGCCAACAAGCAGACUAUUCUGAUUCCCCAAGUGGCAUAUACAUAUUCAGCUACAGUGAGCCCUGCCGUGCAGGAGCCACCAGUGAAGGUGAUCCAGCCAAAUGGAAACCAGGAUGAAAGACAAGACACUAGCUCAGAAGGAGUCUCCACUGUGGAGGACCAGAAUGACUCUGACUCCACGCCACCCAAAAAGAAAACUCGGAAGACAGAGAAUGGAAUGUAUGCAUGUGACCUGUGUGACAAGAUAUUUCAGAAGAGCAGCUCACUGUUGAGACACAAAUAUGAGCACACAGGUAAGAGGCCUCACGAGUGUGGAAUCUGUAGAAAGGCAUUUAAACACAAGCAUCAUUUGAUUGAGCAUAUGCGGCUGCACUCUGGGGAAAAGCCCUAUCAAUGUGACAAGUGUGGCAAGCGCUUCUCACACUCCGGCUCCUACUCUCAACACAUGAAUCACCGCUACUCCUACUGCAAGAGAGGAGCUGAAGACAGAGAUGCCAUGGAGCAGGAAGACGCUGGGCCCGAAGUCCUGCCGGAAGUCCUGACGACUGAGCAUGUUGGUGCCCGGGCAUCUCCCUCACAGGCUGACUCGGACGAGAGAGAAAGUUUGACAAGGGAAGAGGAUGAAGACAGUGAAAAGGAGGAGGAAGAGGAAGAUAAAGAGAUGGAAGAAUUACAGGAAGGAAAGGAAUGUGAGAACCCACAGGGGGAGGAGGAAGAGGAGGAGGAAGAAGAAGAAGAGGAAGAAGAGGAGGAAGUGGAGGCGGAUGAAGCGGAGCAUGAGGCAGCAGCCAAGACUGAUGGUACAGUGGAGGACGGAGCUGCACAGCAGGCAGGCAGCUUAGAGCAGAAGGCCAGCGAGAGCGAGAUGGAGAGCGAGAGCGAGAGUGAGCAACUGUCGGAAGAGAAGACAAAUGAAGCUUAGGAGUUCUUCUAAAAGGAAAUUCUACUUGGUAAUGAAAUUUGCUCUAUAUUACCCACGCUUUUCAUGGAAACAUGGCUCCAUGGCUCCUGUGCUAUGGUUCCUGCUCACUACUGUGUAAUGUCAGAACUGAAAAAAAAAAAAAAUUCCGGGUGUGCCUGAACCUCAAACCUAGUAAUUUUUCAUGCAGUUUUCAAAGUUAGGAACAAAUUUAUAACAUGAAGCAGCUUAGAAAACAUUAAUGACUCAGAAAACAAAGGUUUCUUAGCAGGUUACAGGAGGCUGGAUGGGCGUCCGGCAUGGCUAGCAGUAUUAUCACUCUUACGUUGGCUCAUUCUUAAGCUCUACAAUGGGAGAAAUUUUAUAAUUUUUUAUUGGUAAACAUAUGCUAAAUCCGCUUCAGUAUUUUAUUAUGUUUUUUAAAAUGUGAGAACUUCUGCACUACAGAAUUCCCUUCACAGAGCAGUAGAAAGCAGUUCAAACCGUGCUGGCUACCUGCUGCUACCCAGUCAGUCAGGAGAUAGGACCUCUGACGUUAGAUGCCAUGUUGCCAUCUAACAUGUAUUGCUAGCCUUAAGGAAGCAGCCAGAGAAGAGCUGGAGUUUCUUACUCGUGUGAUUUUUAAAUGGAGUUCAAAGGUUGUCGUUGAGUCCUGACUGCAGGGACGACCAGUGUUGAUGUGGCAAGGACGGCAGAGGCGGCAGAAUCAGUGUUCGUGAUUGUUUGCGUACGUUAGCAACCAUGAAGGAUCUAUAGGAAGCAAGCGCUGUGUCCCUUUGGCCUUAAGCAAGACCUGUGCUGUAAGUGCCAUUCUCAGUAUUGCAAGGCUCUGACAGCCUUCCCGCAGUGUGGCCUAUAUUAACUAGCAUUUGUUGAUUCGUUUGUUGUGUCAAAAUUCCCAAACAAAACUCAAAACCACUGACUGUCAGAGAAGCUGAAGCACUGGGGCAUCUCACACUUUUGUUCCUCAGUAGUCAUUUCAUGUUGAUUGACUCUCAGAAGUCUCUACAGAAAUAAAAGGGAAAUUCUCCAAACUACUUAAUCCAUGUACUUGCGUGUCAGGCAUGGAUACGCUAUUGGUUUUUGGUUCACAGCCGUUUUCCAAAUGUUAGUUAUUACGGACCCAGGUGAUGAACAACAGCAGCUGAUUUUUACCUACCAGUAUUAUUUUAUUUCUUUUAGUUUAUAGAUCUGUGCAACAUUUUUGUACUGUAUGUCUUUAAGCCUGGCAGUAUUAAUACCCUUCUUACUGACACGUACUUUUAGUUUUAGAAAACUUUUAUAUUUAUGUGUCUUAUUUUUAUAUUUCUUUAUUUAUUACACAGUGUAGUGUAUAAUACUGUAGUUUGUAUUAAUACAAUAAUAUAUUUUAGUAUGAAAUUUUGGAAAGUUGAUAAGAUUUAAAGUAGAGAUGCAGUUGGUUCUCGUGCAUUGAGAUUUGAUUUAACAGUGUUCUGUUAACACUUAUACUUGCCUCAGACUGUAGAACAGAGUUUAAAUGGGAAUGUAUUAGUUUUACAACUACAAUCAAGUCAUUCUCCCUUUACCCAGUUUUUAAUAUGAAACUCUUACACUUUGACACUCACUGUGUGUGACUCAUAGCAUGCUGCUCUGCAGUCUUCUGUUAAGAGUUAGCCCAGCCAUAACUCAUUCCCUUAGCAAGCCAAAUUAGAAUUGCCUUCUGUAAACAGUGUUGGGAACAAUGUUUAACAUGUGCCAAUUUGUUCCUGUAUCCAUGUAUGUAAGCUACCAAUCUGACUCUUCCUUUUAAGUUCCUUGUUACACCAUGGUCAUUUUCUAGUUUUUUACCAGACUCCCCAGCUCACAAUAAACGCAUCAACAAACCUGACCUGCUGUCGUUCUUUGGAUCAUCAAAUUUCCUUUGGAAAAUUGUCUAUGAAGUGGGCAUUACAUCCUAGAGCUUCAUUCAUCUUGAGCUGAGUUUGUUGACACAAAGUAUUUGAGACACUUAGCACAAAGAAUGCCUUUUCCUGUGGGGGAAAUGCCCUGAGGAAGCCCUCUGCACAGGUUGUCCCUUCUUCCAAAACCCACAGAGCAAGAGCCUUCCCCUCAGGGAACAUCAGGGCUGUGCAAGCUUAAGAUGCUUUUUGCUUGUACUCUGCCACUCUUUGAACCCUUCUCAUUCAGCUCAAAGACUGUCACUGAUGUUCCUCCCCAUGUCAUGGUCAUGCCUCAUGUGCCCCCUGCCCAUGAACUGCCUCUCAACAGACAUUCAUCGAAUGAACACAGGAACUGCACAUUUGCAGAGCUUAGGUGUGUUCACUGUUUUGCCUCUAAUCUGAAAGUUCAUAAAGUAAAUGAUUCCCAUAAUGUGCCGGUGGUCUUGUUUGAGUCUUAUAGGCACUUACCAUAGGAGAUGUAAUAAAUGACUGCCUUGGAAGCUGCUCUGUUGUUGUGAUGUGUGGAGAGCUUAUUUCUAGGUGUCUUUCGGGUGUUCAAGUUUAUGGUACGGGGUACAGGCAUUGAAAGCUCAGGGUGGGACUACCUCAAAAAUACUUGCUAGACCUGGUUCUGACAGAGUUAGGACUAGGACACACAUCCUAUGCCAGGACCUCACAUUCUUAUGAUCUUGUGUGCUCCCCAUCUUCCCGCACCACAGCCCUUAGUUCCCCUGUGUCCACUGUCAGCAGGCUGCCUAAUUCCCUGUCCCUAACACCAGCU